AUGUUUGAAGAUUUGCAUUCAAAAGGCCCAAAGACCGGCAAAGCAGUUAGGAUCAAUAGGAGAAACUGCACCACAAAGUCACGGUCAGGCUGUGUCACAUGUAAGACAAAACAUUUGAAAUGUGAUGAAGCCAAACCGGAAUGCUUCAACUGUCGGGGGAAAGGUGUCAAGUGCGGAGGUUAUGGACGAAAGCUCCAAUGGUCAAUGAAACAUCAGGUCGAUUUCUAUACGCAUAAGUCGGCAUGGCACAAGAACAGAGACUCUCAUACCAGGUCCGCUGGAUUGAGAUUGCGUUCCCCAGAAAUAAAUCGUGGUGUCUUGGAGUCCGCGGAACGACCAACAUCUUCAGGCUUGACCGAAUAUGUCUCGAGCCAGGCUGAAGCUCCUUCUCCACCAAGCUUCGAUACAUCCUUUCUCUUGCUUUCCGAUUCCGCAUUCGAGUUCGUUAACCACGAACCAGACGAUCAAUUAAUUUAUACUCCGGGUCUUGACAAUGAGCAGCCAUGGGAGGACCCAGAUCCCACCGUGCAACUCCUCGACUUCGGCAGCAUGUCUGAGUCUCAUCUCAACCCUCCGCCACAUAUAACCGCUCAGACUCACCAUGAGUCAGCCAAAGAUCAAGACUCGCCUAAUAACAUUGUUUCGCUUCCAGCCGCCAGAGACAAAGUGCACAGGGUACCUCGAAACAUCUUGAAUAUCCCGUCCCUCCUCAUCACCCGGUGGUUUGAGCAAGUGUGCCCUAUCUGGUCAGCCUUUGACUCUGAAAUCAGUCUUAACCGGACCUUGGCGAAGAGGCUGUGGGGAGAAUCAGAAGCGGUGCUCACCUCCCUUCAAAGCAUGUCAGCCGCGUACAUGUCGAAUCAAGCUCCGCAGAUGAAGGCCGCCGCGUUCCAAUACAUGCAGGCUGCAAUGAAUGCUAUUACGUCGGAGAUAUUGGUUCUUAAUACGAGGGGGAUAAUGCAGACGCUUCCUGUAGGAGUGUUAUUUGCUCUUGUGUGCAUGGGCACGAUUUUUGGCUGGAUCAACCGCCACGAGCUUGUCAAACGGCUGCUGAAAAAUACAAAAGCUAUUUUAUCAGAGGCAAAGCUACACUCCGAAUCUUUCUCAUCAUCUGAUCGCGAGAUGUUGAGCUUCUUCGUUAGCAGUACUCAAUAUUGGGAUACGUUGGUUACGUUCAUGGGGGUUGAAGAUGAGUCUGGCGCUCCCGUUCACGAUGACAACUCUGAGGAUACCAUGCUGCAUUUCGAUAUCAAUGGCAAUGAAACUCAAUACUCUACAUUAACGCCACAUCCAUGGACGGGAAUUUCUACACUGACUUCUCAGCUCUUUUGUGAAUCGAUAAAGUGUUGUCGAUCGUUUCGGAAGAAGAUGAGGGGCCAUGAAGAAGGUUCCGAGAGUUUACUUGAUGCUUUAGAUAUCAUGGCGAGGGCCGAGCAACUAGAAAUUAUGCUCAAGCAAUUGGAGUACCCAAAUCUGGAUGAGAUUGGCGAGACUGGGGACCGACUCACUCCUCGACAACAUCUUAUCGAAGCGGCUGAAGCGUACCGCUUAUCCGCCCUCCUGCAUCUUUACCAGACCUUCCCGAACACAAGCACAGAGGUAUCACCUAUUGGGUUGUUUGAAAUAGCUAGGGACGAUGUUAUUUGGGGUGAUAGAGUUGUUCCCCUAGCUUUAUACUUGACGGAUCUUUUGAAGAAGAUUCCCCCAGAAUCAGGGAGUCGAUCCCUGUUACCUAUCCUGUAUAUUGCAGCCAGCACAGGAUUACGCUUUCGGGGAGGCCUUUCCAAUGUCCAACUCACAGCAAGCCUCGGGGGCUCUAGCGGACUUUUGACUGAUCACGCCCUAUCCUAUUCCUCGCGCGACCUUUCUUGGAUCAGCCCGCAUGGAUCAUUCGACGCUUUCACCUCCGUAAGUGAAGACAUUAUUUUAAUCGGCGACGCCCGCCAUCUUAUCAUGCAACGAUUGGGUCUUUUAGAGAAUUGCUUGUAUCCAAAGCCGAUCGAGAUAGCAAAGAAUCUCGUCAAGGCGAUCUGGGAGGCUUAUGACAAUGAUCUUCUCGAUCAACACGACGUUCAUUGGGCUGACAUUAUGGAGGAUCUUGGCCUGAGGUCAAUUUUUGGUUGA